CGACGUGGCGGCGAGGCCGGCUCGGGGCGGCGGAAGUGGCUCCCUUGCAGGGACUGGAGUGUUUGUGUUUUGGUUCGCGAAGGAUCCCGCGGCUGGCCUGAGGGGAGGAGGCAGUGGAGGAGGCGGAGGAAGAAUUAGUGGAAGCUCUAGCGCCGGCGGCGGCGGCGGCAGAGGAGGAGAAAGAAAAGAGGAAGGCGGAGCGGAGAGAGGCGGAGACCCAGCCCGACGGGGGCGGCACCACGGAACAAGCCCCGCACCGUCCAGUCUAAGGGGAGCGGCGCGAGGAGGAGACGCCCCGCCGCCAAAGCCACAGCCUGUUCUCGGACUUGGUCUGGGACCUGCUGCCCGGAAGCUUCAGCCCUGCGGCUCUGCGUGCUGCGGUCUAAGGUUUCUUUACCUCCAGAAAGAAAACAUUGACACCUUGCAUCCUGGAAGUUCAUUUAAGGGACUGAAAUUAGGGACUUCUUUAAAAUUUGGACAUGGCUAAUCGAGGAGCAACAAGACCCAACGGGCCAAAUACUGGAAAUAAAAUAUGCCAGUUCAAAUUAGUACUUCUGGGAGAGUCUGCAGUUGGCAAAUCAAGCCUAGUGCUUCGUUUUGUGAAAGGCCAAUUUCAUGAAUUUCAAGAGAGUACCAUCGGGGCGGCUUUUCUAACCCAAACUGUGUGUCUUGAUGACACAACAGUAAAGUUUGAAAUAUGGGAUACAGCUGGUCAAGAGCGAUACCAUAGCCUAGCACCAAUGUACUACAGAGGAGCACAAGCAGCCAUAGUUGUAUAUGAUAUCACAAAUGAGGAAUCCUUUGCCAGAGCCAAAAAUUGGGUAAAAGAACUUCAGAGGCAAGCCAGUCCUAACAUUGUAAUAGCUUUAUCUGGAAACAAGGCUGACCUUGCAAAUAAAAGAGCUGUUGAUUUCCAGGAAGCACAGUCUUAUGCAGAUGACAACAGUUUAUUAUUCAUGGAGACAUCAGCUAAAACAUCAAUGAAUGUAAAUGAAAUAUUCAUGGCAAUAGCUAAAAAGUUGCCAAAGAAUGAACCACAGAAUCCAGGAGCAAAUUCUGCCCGGGGAAGAGGAGUAGACCUUACUGAACCCACGCAGCCAACCAGGAGUCAGUGUUGUAGUAACUAAACCUCUAGUUUGAACCCGCUGGAAUAUUCUUCUGCUUCUUAAAUAUUAACGGUGGAAUUGGAGCUCAGUAUGACUUCCAAAAGAAGAGACUUACAAUAGAGUCAAGUUUCUAAUACAGAAUUAUUUUAAGUGUUUUGAACUUAAUUUUUAAUAACAUGCAUGUGACCCUCUGACUAAUGUUUCAGCAGUAGAAGGGGGAAAUGAGAGCUGUGUGUACACUUGUUUCCUUGGAAGGUUAGGGGUAAUCAUUUCUCUUCACCAGGGAUAUGUAUAGACAAAUGACUAUCUGAACCUACAGUUAUCCAGCCAGAUCUACGAAAAAGAUUUCAAAUUUAAUUUGAGCUUUUCAGAAACAUUCUUUUUUAGAAGAAGGUUCUAAAGAUAUUUAUGCUUAGCUAUGGUAUACAGGCAACUGGUAAUUUCUCACAGUAUCCAUAUUUAAAGUGUACAUUCCACGUUUUAGAAAAUUAGCCACAAGAAAACAGUCCCACAUCUUCAGGACAGAGUAAGGAAUGAGCAUUAGUGGCAUUUAAAUUGUAGACAGUACUGUUACUUUAAGUGGGGUGUAAAAAAAAAUAAAAUGUUAACCCCAUCUUGUUUUAGGAAUAUGAAAGCUGAUAAAUGCAUUUUAAUGGGUAGUGUUUCCUUCAAACGUGAGCUCUUCAACAAAAGUGAAACAAACCAGGUGUCUGUAAUUUCUGUUUAAUCACUGCGGGCCAUUAUAUAGGUUUAGUUGUUUGGGGGUAUGGAAGGGGCUUUUGUUCCCUUUGGACAUGAUAUAGUCAAUGCACUAACAAUUAUGUACAUUCAAACUUGAUUAUUUUAAAUUCGAGCUGUACUGUAAAUAGGGUACUGCAUUGUAGUCUCCAUCCGUUUACUGCUUUUCUGUAAUAUUUAAGAAUUGCUUAAAAGUAUACAAAAUGUACAGUUACUAAAACAGCUAAUUUUUCCCUUCUUGCCCCCUUUCAGUGGAAGGGGCUUCAGUUCCUACAUGGCUAGAACCAUGAUAAAACAAUGUACCAGUAAUUUGUAGCAUACGUAUUGCAAUAUAUGUUAGUAACAAUCUUGCAGCCUUGUUUUCCAAAGUUCAUUUUAUCUGGAUCAGUUCGGUAUAUUGCACUAAUUGUUUUUGGUAUUUUCAUUAUAUGAAAUCUACCAUGUGUCAGAGAUGAUUUAAUCUAUUUAAGUGUUGACCUGCUAGCAAAACUUGUAUAUUUACAGUACUUCAGAAUUAGUAAGGAAAACGGUUCACCAGUGUUUAGUUUUAUAUUGAGGUGCCCAGGUUGGAAUAAAGUGGUAUAAAAAGCAA